AUGGUCAAGGAGAACGCUGACUCCCGUGUCGACAUUGACGAGGUUCUGGCCUUUGCUAUCCAGCUUGCCCGCGACGCCGGAGAUCUGAUCCGGGAGGGCCAGGCUGGUAUAUUCAAGUCGCAGUCGGUGGCCCAGACCAAGGCAAACGCCGUUGACCUUGUCACCGAGGUCGACAAGGCCGUCGAAGCUUUCAUCUUUGGACGGAUUCGCGCGGCGUACCCUCAGCACCAGUUUAUUGGUGAGGAGACCUACCAUGGUCAAGUCAUCUCGGACAAGCCGACCUGGAUUGCUUGGUCAAGCCCCAUCGAUGGCACGACCAACUUUAUCCAUGGCUAUCCCAUGGCGGCGACAUCCAUCGGCUUGGCUGUGGGCGGUGUCCCUGUCGUUGGAGUUGUCUACAACCCGUUCCUAAACAUGCUCUACUCAGCCGGAGCUGGCCGAGGCGCGUAUCUCAAUCAGACGACGCGCCUCCCUAUCACUGGCAAGCCUCGGCCCCUCGCAGAUCUAGGUCACGCACUCAUUUCGGUCGAUAUUGGCGGAUCGCGACGGCCUUCGGUUCUGAGUUCGAGACUGAGGACUUUCGAAAAGUUGGCCGGCGAGCCAGAGUUUGGCGGAAAGAUGGUCCAUUCGCUCCGUUCGAUUGGGUGCGCCUCGCUCAACAUUUGCCAGGUAGCCAGCGGCGGACAGGACAUGCACUGGGAGAUCGGAGCCGGCAUUUGCAUUCUCACAGAGGCGGGCGGGGCUGCUUUCGGCGGCAAGCACACCGCACUCACAGGAGAGGUCGACAGGAAGCUGAUUGUUGGUCGCAAAUACCUAUUUGUGCGCAACAUUGCCCCGGGACCAGGAGAGACUGGCCUCGAGGUCCAACGACAGUUUGCUACCCAGUUUUACGACUUGACCGACGACAUUGAGCCGUAA